AUGAAUUUAGAAAAAGAAGUUACAUUAUUCACACUGUUUCAAGCAAUUAAUUCGUUACCUAAUCAUUUAAUUAAUGAAGCAUACGAUAACGUUUAUAACUUCUGCAAUUUAACUGAAAAUGCAAAAAGUAAUUUUGAAAAAGCACGUAGUAGAUAUGCACAUUUAAUGACUUCUCCAUUUGUUUUAGUGAAGAUUCUAAAACUUUAUCAAAAGGAAUAUUAUGAUGAAUAUGUUUUACCUUUAUUACGUAAGCCAAAAAUAACAUUUGAUAUAAAACUUGAUGACUCGUUUUUGAUAACAGAUAUUAGACGCAAGGCUGAAAAUCAUCAGUAUAAAAACAGUUCUGAAGUAAUUGAGGAUUUAUCACGUGUAAUCCGUUUUGUAGAUUGUGGAAAUAAAUACUUCAUUCAGAAAGAUUACAACAUACACGACAAAAUGAAUCAAAUAUCAUUUGUUCUUCAGUCAAACAUGAAAGAGUCACUCAAAAUGAUUAAAUUAUUUAAAGAAGAAGGUAAAACAAUAACAGCAUGGGACAUACUACUAAAUCAAUUGUCUUCAUUAACCGUUAAGGGUGUUUGCUUUAAAUCUGAUUCCCCAGAUGUUUUCUCAACGUUUCAAGGUUAUAAAUACAACGUUCUCGAAAAAGUAGAUUACUCAAAAAUUGAGAUGUUUAUGGAUUUCAUUAAAGAAGCCAUAUGCGAUAAUAACGAUGAAGUGUAUAAAUACCUUCUCAGCUGGAUUGCAUCAAUGAUUCAACAUCCUGGAAUCAAGAAUGAAACAGCAAUUAUUUUGAAAGGAAUUCAGGGAACAGGUAAAAACAGAUUCACAGACAUUAUUUCUGAACUUCUCGCUGGUUAUUCAUGUAAAAACAUUACCGAAAUAGGUGAGCUAACGGGUAAUUUCAACUCAGUAGUUGAAAAUAAAAUGUUUCUUGUACUUAAUGAACUCAAGAAUGUUGGUGAAGACAGACUCGCAAACUUCAACGCUUUGAAAUCAAUUAUAACGGAUAAUGAGAUUAGAAUUAAUGAAAAGAAUCAACCCAGAAGAACUGCUCAGAAUGUUGCAAACUUCAUUUUCGUAACUAAUAACGUCUACCCUGUCAAAAUUGAAGUUGGAGACAGAAGAUACGUAGUUUUAAGGGUUAAUGGUAAAUUCAAGGGUCAAUUUGAUUACUUCAAGAAUUUAAUGGAUUCAUGCACAAAGGAAUUUUAUGAUAACCUUUUAACAUAUUUUAUCAAUUACGACCUUUCAUCAUUUACUGUACGAAUCAUACCGAUGACUGAAGCCAAACAAGAUUUAAUUGAAUUAUCAACAAAUCCUUUAGAUGUAUGGAUAAAUACACAUUAUGAUGAAUUGUGUGCAGGUAUGAUAUGUAAAAAUGCUCUAUUCUGCAAACCAUCAGACAUGAAAGACAAGAAUUUCCAAAUGAGCAUUAAGGAUAAAUGUGAUAGGAAACAGAGAAGAAUAGACGAUAAACAAACAUGUUGUUAUGUUUUGAAAGAAAAAAUGAAAGGAUUAUAUAAACAGGUUGA